UUCAGACAAAAAACUGAUGAUAGAAUGUCUGAAGCAUUAGAUAAUGUUGAUUUCAAAAGUUUUAUUGAAAAAUUUGCUUACAUGAAAACCACGAGCAUCAACAAAGAACGAACCGGUUUAAGUCCUAAAACGCGUAGUAAAGCCACGCGUAAAGAUCCUUAUCCACAGCAAAUAAAAAAGCGCAAACUUUCGAUUUCUAAAGUUUCGCAGUAUCCUCUAGACCACGCAUUGCCCGAUAUAAUAGAUCAUAAUUUGUUAGUUUUAUUUGUUGGAAUUAAUCCUGGUAUAAGAAGCGCACAGACUGGGCAUCACUUUUCUGGACCAACAAACCACUUUUAUCCAUGUCUAGUUGAAAGCGGAUUAACCAACAAUGAAGUUGUAAAUUAUGAAAAUGAUGCAGAAUUACCAAAAAGAUUUCGAAUUGGACUUAUCAAUGUUUGCUCCAGAACGAGUCGAUCUUCAGCUGAUUUGAAUAAAAGUGAAAUGAUGGAUGGAAUUCCUUCGCUCAUUAAUAAAGUAAAAUUAUAUAAGCCAAAAAUUUUAGGUUUUGUGGGAAAAUGCGCAUAUGAAGCAUAUGAAAGAUCAUGUAAAGAUUCUAAUACAAAUAAUAGUAAUAAAUCUUUACCAUUCAAGUUUGGGCUACAAUCAAAAAAGAUAUUUUGGGAUGAUGAUGGAUAUACUAAAAUAUCUGCAAUGCCUUCUACAAGUGGUAGAGUUUCUCAUUAUCAAAAAGAUUACAAAUUGAAAUUAUUUAAAGAAUUAAAAACAUUAAUUGAUAUUGAAAGGGAACAAGAAGGAACAAAUAAAUUAUAUCAAUUGGAAAGUUGAGGCAAGAGAACGUAUAUAACAAUCUGUUUUUAUGAAAUGAAUAAAUUAAGCGAAUAAAAAAUAUUCAAUAUUAUAUGACAUUAUAUAUAUAUAAAUAAAUUAGUAUAUAAAUAUUUUCAUAUU